AUCCGCAUUAAUGAAUACAAGCAAAUAAGCAGAGAUGGCUUUUCUUUGUCAUCAAACACUCAGUUUAGUCCUCACGGUGGAAGCUCAAGUGACAGUACAGUAACAUGUCAAGAUUACAAAUCAUCAGGUUUUCAAAUGGAUAUGGAGUCCUUCAACUAUGUCAGGGGCUAUUACUUCACCCCUAAGAUAACGAGAUUCUUCAAGUCAGUAGUGAAAAAAAGUGGAAGCGAAGCACCAACAACAAAAGGCCCCGGAAUGCACACCAUGCCAGUGCCAGCUUUUAAGGUGAGAAAAGAGAAUGAUGGGGACAGAAUCACUUGCACUACAGACAAUUGGUUUUCACCUUUUGGAAAGACUGAUAAGCUUCAGUGCUUUUCUGAAGCUAUUGAUUACCUCAAAUUCCUCCAUGAACAAGUCUCUGUUUUGAGCACUCCAUACAUGAAAGGCGGAGCUCCCAUACAACAACGCAACAGCAGCAGGUACAAGGAUUCCGACGGACAGAAAACCAAGAUCGUUAGGAGUCGAGGGCUGUGUUUGGUUCCAGUUUCAAGUCUUGUUUUCCAUGUAACUCAUGAGACAACAGUAGAUUUUGGACGCCGCUACAUUUGGAGGAACAUAGAUAGGUAA